CGAUGAAAGAAAUGCACAUUUUUACCUGCUCCUAUACAAAUAUCUGAGCGUCUGAAGUGCUGGCCAAUCUAGAUCUAGACUCUAGAUCUAGAUUUCUAGAUCUAGUCUAGAUCUUCUAGUUAAGUUACUAGUUAGGCCAGUGUUAUUGUAAGACUAAGAGCAGUGUUCUGAGUAGUGCCAAUGACAGUACAGUCACUGAACUAGGUUUAAGUAUUAGGUAGGCCCAUUUCUCACUUUGGACAGGAUCCUUUUUAUGACAACAAUAUUGGAUACAGAUUUGAUGUCUUCAUUUUUUGAGAUGUUAUACAAGUACUGAUUCAGGUUGAUCAGCAAUUAAUAACAUUACCAUGACUGACGUGAAAACAAGACUUAAGCUCUUUGAGUCCAUUCAGGGCUCUGAAGAUAUGGCUAGUGUUGCCAGGCCUAAGCCUUCUGUACCACAAAAACCUGGCAAUGAAAACAACAUCCAACCCAAAUGGCAGCCCAUGAACGUCAGCACAGAUGACAUCAAUAAAGUCAGAAAGAAUUUUAAUACACCUGCCGCUAAGACAGAACCAAAAAGUACGCCAGAUAGUGGGACUGCCACACCUUUUAAACCUGCAUUAAAACCAGUGGCUGGUCGUCAGUUUAAUGUGACACCUCAACCUGUAAAAUCCAGCCAGCCCACGGAGAAACCAGCUGCAGAAAAGGCAGCAAUUACCCCUAAACUAACAUGGCAGCAGCAAAGGCAACAAGCACUUCAGGCGUCCAAGCUACCAGAUGGUGACAAGAAAGACGCAACCUCCCCGCUCAAAGAGGAGAAGCCUGCAGAAGAAUCCAAACCCUCAGUCCAGUCCCUGAUCAGCAGGUCAAACUCUUCUGUGCCCUCACCAUCUCCAUCCUCUCGUGAUGACACUGAUGGGGAGGACCAGAGGGGGAAAUUUGAUUUUCGUGCUUUAAGAAACUCUCAGGUGGUAAAAACCCCUGCUCAGGGCCAGGAGAAGCCAGUCCCUCUAGCCAGUUCCCACGGCAACGGUCAGGAGAAGCCAGCGCCUCUAGCCAGCUCCCACGCCAACGGUCAGGCUGUGAAGGAGUUGACCAGCCUCUUAAAACCUGCCAUCACCACAGGACCAACAUCCCCAAAGAUAUUUCCAUUUAACAAGGAUAGUCCAAAUUUACCAGCCCCGAGAUCACCACUGAACAAAGAAAACACAACACCAGAGCUGAAGAGGCAGAGGGAUGAGCCAGUAGAGGAAAGGAAGAGUGACAACAAGAAGUUUAGGAAAAUACUUUUGUUGCCUACAACCUCCAGCCCACCAGAGAAGCCUGCUCUACCCACUGAUGUUGAUUUAAGCCUCAUUGAAAAACAAUAUCAGGAGUCAAUUAAAAAAUUAAGUGGAGCUGAGGAUGAGACUGAUAGCAUCUAUGAUGAUGGAACAACUCAAGUUGAAAUCAGAGCUGGAUCAGCCAACCACAGAGUUUCUGCCAGAGUUUCUGAAAUCCCAGAUCUUGCAGCUGAAGACGAAGGUGCAAUCUAUGAUGAAGGAUUUACCCAAAAACCUAUAUUAGAAGAAAUAUAUGCUGAUGGGGAGACAGAAAAGCAGGUUGACAAUGCUGAUGACCUAUAUGAAGAUGGCUCAUCCGUGCCUGCUGCUAGCAUAGAAGAAGACAGAAAAAAGAAAAUGAAAGAAGAAGCUGAAGCCAAAAAGAGGGAGGAGAAGGAAAGAAAGGAGAAGGAGAAAGAAGAGGAAAGACGUAAAAAGAAAGAAGAAAAGGAAAAGAAAGAACGGCUUAAGCAGUUAAAGAAAUUUGGGCUUGAUGGCACAGAGAAAGAUGUUGGCAAGGGGAUAAUUAAGCAAGAUUAUAAAGGCUCUGGUCAGAACUUGACCGUCAAAGCAGGUCAGGCUGUAACAAUCCUACGGCUAGACAAGAACCCUAAAAACAAGUGGCUUAUACAAACAGAUUCUAGCAUUGGCUAUGUUGAGAGUAGCAACAUUGAAGUAGAUCCUUCCAUCAUUAAAAAGAUAAUGCACAGUACCUUUUCAAGAGCGAGCCUGGAGCAGUCUCUGGUUAAGCUGGUGUCUAGAGAUUCCAUAGUGAACGCCAUGGACAGCUGUAGAACAACUUCAGUCACCAGUGACCAACCUCUCUAUGAUGAUGUACCAAAUGAUGGCUCACAAGAUAUGGUGGAUGAUGGAGAAAUUUACGAGGAGUGUCCUUAAGAAAAAAACAGAACUGAAAGAUCUAGAUGACAACAUGCACACACAGUGGAAUUGUUUCCUUUAAAAUGUUUAGUUUUAGCAUCAGUUUAAUUUCAUUUGGAAUACAUUUUUUGUUACUUUAAAAAUAUCAACAUAAAGAUGUAUACUUUUAAGUUGUAUAUAAACUAGACUUAUAUUUAACCCUUUCGUUACUAGAAGUAGUUGAGUUACUUAAAAAUGGUUCAAGAAAAACUAUUUUUGUAAAAAAUUUUGUUUUAAUUUUGACUUCAUGAGAUGGAAAUAGUGAGAGUGAGUGUUUUCCUUUCUUUUGCUCAUUUUGUUGCUAUUUUUUGUUGAAGUAUUGCCUUUAUUUAAAUUAUUCUUAUGUUUGUAAAGUCCUACUUGAUUCCAAAAAAAACAGAUAACUGUGUUAUUUCUUAGUAUUUUAUCUGUGAUUAACUCUGUUUGAUCGACAUGAGUUAAACUACAUACACACGUGCUUCCAUUGUACACAAAUUUUAUAAUAAUUUUUUAUAUUCCAUUAUUUCAUAUUGACAUUUUUUAUAGAAUCCCUUUUCCAACAGUGCCUUAUGUGAUGUUUACAGGACAUUGCAACUGCUGCAUUGUAUCUAGAUAUAUGAACAUGUGCACACACCAAAAAUAGAUUAGAUAUGUGGAUAUCUUAUCUUCAUACAUUUAAAAAUUAUGCAUAUGGUUUUUAUUUAACUCAGUGCUAAAUUUUUUAUUUUUGCAUUCCAUUUCACUUUGCUCACAUUUGAUAACAAAUCUUGACCUAACUGAUGGCUGUAAAAAGUUUUAUUUUAUACAUUUUUUUACAUGUAUUAAAUUCGGCAGGCCCGACAUUUUCUGUUGUAGAGCACCUUAAAAUGUGUUGCUCUUGCUUCCUCACCAAGUUCCUAGUAUGUGAGAUCCAUCAAACACUAGAGUUGAAUAAUUAUCAGUGCUGAAACAUCCUUAACUUAUUUUAUAGAGCUUUUUUCUUUCUUCCUUGUUUUGUUAAUAUAAAUUUAAUUUUUUUUAGAUGUAAAGAACAAAUAUCGUUUUUAUUGCAGUUUCUGUUUUGCAUUGUAAAUAUCAUUGUCGACACAACUGAUAUAUUUAUUAAUUGUGUAAAUGAAAAAAAAGAUUUGUUAAGAAACAAGAAUUCUCAUGAGAAAUGUUCAAAUAUAACGAGAAAUUACUUGUCAUGAUAAUUAAUUAACUAUGGGAAAAAUGCCCUGUUGUAAAUUAGUGGUUAUAUAUUAUAAAUCAAGUUUUUUUUGUCCUAGUAAAUAUCAAAACUGCAUGAAAUUUUAUUUUUAUUAUCACGCUUGGUUUUGCAGUUGCAGUGUUAAAAACUUUUCAUCAAUACUAUUGUCAAUGCACAAAAUCACAAAUGUAUUUUUAGACUAUCUUUUAACGAUCAAAUUGCUGUAUUUCAAGAACCUCACAGGUUUUUGUUAGUAUUUUUAUACCAGUUUUUAUGAAGAGUUGAUGUGUGCAACACAAUUCUUGUAACAGAGGCAAAUCAUCCUUUAGUUUUUUUACUGUUACAGACUACUUAACUUUAUUGGGCUCAAGUUUGGCCAUACAGCAAGCAACUUAUCUGUACAUAAAACUGAAGUGUUACUGUUAUUCUAAUACACCUUUCUUUUUGUGAUAAAUACUGUCUUAGAUUGUUGAGUAGUUUUAAGACUAGAAUCCAUUAAAGUUUUGUGUAGAUAUCUAACAGUACAAUCUUAGAUUGUUGAGUAGUUUUAAGACUUCAAUUCUCAAUGUUAAGACUUCCCUCUAGUUUUGUGUAGAUACCCAUGUCUGUAGUGUUGUACAUUUUUUUGUAAAGUAGUUUCCCAGACCUCCAUGUAAAUUGUGCGGCUGUUGUUUGAAUAUUGAUUGCCAAAGGGUGGGACUGGGGUUGUAAAUGCUCAAAAAAUGAUGCAAGAAAUGACAAACACUGAGGGGUUAAAGAAAGAUUUAGAUAUGUUUACACAUUUUGAUUAACAUUUGUAGAUAACAAUUUGCUAGCCUAUUAUUUUGUAGUAAAACUUUAACCCAACCUAAAAUCAUUUCAUAUUUAUGUAUUAAUUUUGCUCAAUUCACAAAAUUGAAAAAAUAAUAAUACAAAUCACUUUUUAAAAAAAUGUUAUUAUUAAAUUACUUGUAUAACUUUAGUUGAAAAACACAUCACUAUUUAAAAAGUUUGAUUCAUUAUAUUAUUUAUUCACUAUGUUUAUUAUAUUUAUGUAAGUAAAAAGAUUUUUUAAUGUCAUUUGGAACAAUACCAUAGCGUACAAGGAUAUAUUUUUUUUUACAAAUUAUAAAUAUACACAGAAAAUCUUUAAUAGUAGGCCUAUUUGUAUUUGAAGUCUCUUUCAUCUCUAGGCAAAUUAGUGUUUUUUUUCUUGAAGUUUCUCUUGCAAUAAAUUUAGCAAAAAUAUUUUUACUUCUAUAUUAAUUAACAGAAUUCAAUGAAACUUAUGCCUAAUAUGUUUAUAAAAUUACUUAAAUGCCAAUGUUGAGGACAGUAUUUAACUAUUUGUAUUCAUAAUUACCAAAAUAUGUACAGUUUCAAAGCUCUUCUGCAAUUAUUUUUCCUGAAUUAACUAGCACACAAUCAAGUUAUCUGAAGUGUAAUUGUACUUUUGAGUAAAUAUGUUGAUACAAAAGAUGAAUUUUCACAUGGACAUUUAUCUGUGUGAAAUCAGAUUUUAAUUGUUCUGUUGGAACUUUCACUAAAAAGUUGUCAAAAUACAAUGAAAUAUUCUCCAUGUACAUCUUAAAUCAAAAUUAGUUGGAGUCUUUGGUUUUACCUACAACUAAGUGCACUUAAAAUUGUAUGCAACCGUUUAUUUACAACCUACUUAAAAGUGCACUUAAAAUUGUAUGCAACAAUUUUUUUUUACAACCUACUUAAAAUAGUAUG